AUGGCUACCGACGGAGCGGCCGACGCCGCCGAGGUCGAGAAUCUCUACCAGUAUGGCGAGCGCCUCAAUGAAGCGAAGGACAAAUCCCAGGUUUGUUUCCUUACCGAGCCGCUAGUACUCCGAUUAGGGUUUUCCCCAUCGGCUCCUCGCGUUUAUCUGCGCGUGGUCUGACCCUGUUUCUCCGUGUUCUGUUAAUGCAGCAUGUGGGCGACUAUGAAGGUAUUUUAAUGGCGGUGCAGCAGGGUAGUACGAAGGCGAAGCAGCUGGCUGCUCAGCUUAUCCCGAAGUUUUUCAAGUUCUUCCCGGGGCUCGCCAGCAAAGCCGCCUCUGCGCACUUUGACUUACUCGAAGAGGAAGAGCUUGGGGUAACAUCUGCGGCUCCGCUCCUCUCAGUUGCCUUUUUAUUUUGCGAUCCUAGUUAAUGAGUGCUUAUAUUCACUGGUAUUUGGGAGAAUCCUUCCGGCAUAUUGCUGCUGGAAAACUACUUCUCUUAGUUUUCGGGUUGACUCGACCAUUUUGUACCGUUCAAGGGAGAGGAGAGAAGGCGAGCAUUCUUGACUCCUUGGUCUGUUGUGAAAUUCGUUUUAUUAACCUCUAAAACAAUUGUUUUCUCCAUAAAGAUGGCUUCCUACUUAUAAAUUUUAAACAUUGAAAUAAGUUUUUGCUUAGGUUCAUCACAUAUUUAAUGUUGAAAGUCAUAAAGAGGGGAAAAGGAAAGUUUGGAAGAGGAAGUAUGAAAGGGAGAUUUGUAUAAGCGUAGAAAAUAACUGAACACGUAGUUUCUCUAAACGCUCCUACUAGUUCCAACGGAAUAUUGUUUUUCAUAUUUAGUUUAAAACACCUUUUAGUCGGACAGGCGAGUAAAAUAUACAGGAAAAUUUAUAAGACAUUUCAUAAAUUGAAGAAGAGCUGGUUUGGUUCUUUAACAAUUUUCAUUCUGAUGGGGAUGGUCUCUUUCCCCGAAAACGGUACUUUUGUAGAAAAAUAAAACGUGGUGCUCACUAUCCGGAAAAUAUCCUCCAAAAGUAAAUGUCGAAUUUUGAUGAGCUCGGGUGCACGAGCUGUUUUGGUGACGAGAUAAUGUAAUGCCCUUGCAGCAGUAUUUCAUCCUCCUUUAUGUGAAAAUAGAGCUUCUUAAAGUUAGGAUCUUUUUCCGGUCUCUUCAGUAUCACUCUUGUUAGCUGGUUUAGUCCUUUAAAAGAUGACCAUUUCAUGCCUGAAUUUCACAUUGUGACAUAUAUCUACUAACCCGUGGGAAUUUCGGUUAUGCGUCAAUUUUAAUAAACGGGAUCUCUCCCUAAUCAGACUUCAUAAUUUCGAACGACACCUUUCUCUCUGUAACACAUGUAUUUGUAAUUCCCAUCCACUUUCGGAAUGCAAUGUGUGCCAUCUGCAUUCUCAAUCUAUUUCUCACUAAUUCAGGUUUCACCUUUUGACGGCCUAUCUCCAUAUCUACUAUCAUAUUGCUUUUUUCCGUGAGAAGUGAAGAUGCUUGUUAAAUUUCUGUUGCUGUUUGGUAGUGGCUCAGACUAUUGUAUGCUUCAAUAUCGAGUGUUUGUUUUUUUAGAAUAAUUGCAGGCAAUCCUAGACUUUCUUAAGUUAGCCUAUUUUGAAGGUAGCCGAAGACAGAUUCUUGAGUUAUUUGGUGCUUUACGAGAGAAACUACGUUGGUAGUUUGUCAGUAUGCUUAAACACAGUUGUAAUUUCAGAUUGACCAUAACUUACAUGCCCAUGUUAUACAGCGUGUUACUGUUCUUCUUUUAUCUUUACAUGCAUUCUUCUAUUUUUUUGUUGCCACUGUUAGUCUGGACUAUAUUUUAUUUUAUUAUUCUAAUAAAAAUUAUUAUUUCACUCAUUUGAACCCGUCACAUUCGAUAUUACCAUGAGGUGCUUAUAUACGACUAUCCAAUCGUUUGGUUGUAGACUUCUGAAUAUCUGAUGAAGGAUUGUUUUGGAGCCCUCUCCAUUUAUAUUAUUCUUCAAAAGAGCAUGACUUUUGAGAGAGAUAUCGAGCUAAUUUGGAUUUUACCCUUUUUCCAUUGAUUUUUUUCUGGUGCUGCAUAAAGUCUACGCAGAAAAUUUGGUAGUGCUGUUUCCUCUAAAAUCUUAGAGGAAGGGAUAGGAUGAAGAUGUGGAGAUGGAAAAAGAGAGACGAAAGGGAAAUUGUAGCAGAGAGAAAUUAAGAAAUAAUGGGGAACUUAGAUCCUAAAGAAAAUGGAAUGCUUGUGGUAGCCACAGUAGUACUUAGCAAAUCGUACCUGUGGGAGGCUGAAGUGUGAGCACCGGUGGCUGCAGUAGAAUGAAAGAUAUGUUCUUAUUGUUUUUCUUUUCUUCUUUUUGGUUCUGUUGUCUUGAUUACCUUGAGGCUGGGAGAAAACCGUUGUAAUUGGUUGCAACAUAUCCGAACUCUAUUUUAGAGUCUCCCCUGGAAUAUAAUAGUCUGGUCUUCAUUCAUUUUUACUUAAUCGUGUCUAAUUUAGUUUGUUGUCUGAUUCAUGCUUUGGAAGGAUCAUCUUAAUUAGCACUAUUAGUUUUUGGCCUGUUCUCCAUAGUAUACAAACGCAUCUCCUUGGAAAUACGCCAGUCCAUUUCAUAUCACUGGUAUCUCCAUCCGGGACAACAAUUUACGGUUGGAGCCGUAUUGAAAUUUGGGUUUUCUUUGCUCCUGAUGAAUGUUUGGUGCAUAAAAGCUGAUUUAUCUGUUAAUAAGACCAAAUACUCCAUGUGGGAGUAAUUUUUCGUUGUCCUCACUUCUAGAGUCUUGCUGAACUUAUACUGUGGAUAACAUGCUGGGGUAGAUGAAACCUAGGCAUGCAAGAAUCAAACAGCUUGGAAGCGAAUACUUGUUGGCUCUGCUUCCCCUAUUCAUAUCUGGACUCAUUCGAAAUUACACCGGUAUCAUUUUUUUUUAAAGUUCAGAAUAUAUACAAUGGAUUGCUUUUUUUCGUGCAAGUUGUUGCCCGAAAAUUUUGCUUUUUGUUUUGAAAUUUCUUCAAUCUCUUCUUCUUCUGACAGAUGGCCACAUGAACUUUUUGGUUCUUAAUGAAAUUAUAGUGCUUGCCAUAUGAGGCUGUGAUAUUUUCCCCUUUUCUCCAGUGCUCCUUGCAGAUGCUUAAUGUUUUUUAUGAAUGGAACUAAAAUGAAGUUUCCUUAUUUAUGUUACAGAUCAGGGUUCAAGCCAUUCGUGGACUUCCUCUUCUAUGUAAAGAUACACCCGAUUAUGUUACUAAAAUUGUUGAUGUCCUCGGUCAACUUUUGGUAGCUGGUAAGUUUUUGUUUUUGUGUGUUUCAGAGUUCUUAUCGAUUUCUGCAAUAUUAACUAUAUUUUUUCCUUAAAGAGGAAAAUGUGGAGCGUGAUGCUGUGCACAAGGCUCUCAUGUCUCUUUUGAGACAAGAUGCGAAAGGUAAUGUGUAUCGUUGGAAUAAUAUAAGAUUCAUCAUUUGAGAUUUGCUUUUAUUCUUUACUGAAUGCUAAGCCGUAAAAAUGCUCUAUGUUAAACAAAAAAUCUUGCAGGAAAACUCACAAAUUCAUGCUACUGCUGAAUUGUCUUUUACCUGAUAUUUUAUUUCGUAUAUCCAAUAAAUAUGAAACGUUUUGUUUUUUAAUAGUUGAAUUUCAGAGUGUGGAAUGAAAAAAAUCGACAAUUUUCCACUUUAGGAAUCUAUCAUUUUGAGUAAUGGAAUCGCUUGAUGUGAAUUCUAAAGGAUCAGGAAUAUUUUGGCAAGAGGGGACAUGUUGCUUCUAUUAGUGAAAUUGACAUUCCAGAUGACUUCAUUUCUUUGUUCCUGAGUGGUCUCAAUUCAUUGCCUAGUUUUCCACAACUAUUCUCAUCUGGGUUCAAAAAAUCUUAGGCGAGGGAAAUUCAAUUUUUCACAUUUUAAAAGAUGGAAAAUAUAAUAUUGGUCUUUUCGUGCCUCUUGAGGUUCAUUUACAACGAUCAAAUUCUUUGUUGUCCCGCUGAUUUAGGAACCUCAAGGAACUUGUUCAUGAUAAUUCAGUACUCAGGUGAUGCUCUCCUUUUAAUGCGUGUUUUUGAACUUUUGCAGCUUCCCUGUCAGGCUUGUUUAAGCAUGUUGAAUCAAGUGAUGAGAAUAUCCGUGAGAAGGUUAUUUAUUUCCUCAAGGACAAAGUAUGUUUCUUGAUUCUUUACUCAAAACUUUACAAUAAUAUCCAAAGGUACAUAUUGUUUGUGUUUAAACUUCAAUUUACCAAAUUAUGUCCAUUCCAGGUGUUUCCUCUCAAAGCGGAGCUUCUAAAGCCUCAAGAGCAAAUGGAAAGACAUGUGACAGAUUUAGUUAAAAAGGUAUUUUUGGUUUAUAUUUUCUAGACUUGGAGAUCAUUUUUGCUAGUAGUUGAGUUGGUUCGUUUAUACAAGUGCCCAUAUAUGUGAAUUUUUAAACUCUUGUUCUGAGUGUUGUCUUUUCAUAAUAGAUGCAUCAGACAUGUUCUAUUUUAAAAUAUUUUUUGGGUAUCAAUCAUACCCGUAAAUUUAAAUGCACUAUGUGUUUUCAGAGUUUGCGAGAUGUCACUGGUGCAGAAUUCAAAUUGUUUAUGGACUUCCUCAGCAGUUUGAGCAUUUUUGGAGAAAGUGCUCCUCCAGACCGCAUUCAGGAACUUAUUGAAAUCAUUGAGGGGCAAGCUGAUCUAGAUGUGCAAUUUAAUGUAAGUAAUUAUUAUUAUUUAAUUCAUGUCACCUUUUUAAAAUUGUGCAGCUAUGUUAGCAAAAGGGUCUCGAUAAUAUGUUUUGUUAAAUUACUGUGCAAAUAAAACAUUUUCAAAAAUUGUUUUGAAGGCUGUGAUGUCUAAGGAACAGGUUACCUCUGAAGAGAUCCAAAUGGGAGAGACCUUAUGAUUUUUCGCUUCACGUUACACAUUUUUGAGAUGCAUGUGGUUCUAAGCACUGCAUUUGGAUUCUUUGUUUCUUGGUCUUGCUAAUGUGCUCUUAAAUCUGUCCUGCAGGUUUCUGAUAUUGACCAUAUAGACCGAUUGAUUUCGUGUAUGUUCAUGGCUGUUCCAUAUUUUAUGGUAUGUGUAGGAUGCCAAACGUUUUUCUUUCUGCUAGGUUGGACUAUUUUGUUCUCUUAUCAUAGAUUCUUUCUAUUUAUUUUUUAAAUGACGAUUUGUUUUUCUCCAGAGAGGUGCAUCAAGCAGCAAGUUUCUCAGUUACUAUAACAAAUGUGUGAUUCCUGUUUUUGACAAGGUAUUUAUUAUGAAUUCCUGCUCUAACGAGACCUAUUUUUUUCCAGUUUUCAUUAAUAAUUAUAAGUUAUCAAUCUUCAUCUGGAUACUCUCUGAGACCUAGGCUUGAUGAAUUGGCUCGGAUUUAUGUUCCUGAUUAUCUUUGAGUGCCCUGUUCAGAUGAACCCUGGAUAACAAAAUUAAAUGACAGGGAAAAAGGAAAGAAGUGAGAAUAAAAGGAUAGUAAUAGAGAGUGAAGUGGAACGAAAACGAGAAAAGAGUUAUUAGAUGGAGAGGGGAAGAGAGGGAGCAGAAAGAACAACGUGAGAAAUGAAGCAGAAUACCGCCGUGAAAAUAGGUUAAUGGCUAGUAUCUUAACUAUUUGUCAGGGAGGUAGAAUUAGCAUUUGUAAUUGAUAAUGUUGGGGCUUUUUUUUCACUUCCCUUUUCAUGUAUUUUGGGGAAGUUCUAUCGGCUGUUAGAAAAAUUGCGAAUAGCAUCUGAAUCGUUUUGUUAACUCCUUUUUGUGGAAAACUCGGUAGGAUGGCUGUUGAAACUUAGCUUUUUUGUUAAAAGAAUUGUUACUCCUUUGGUGUUGGUUUGCCCAACAAAAACUUGAUUCUGCUCCAAAAUAGCUCUCUUGAGUCUCGUUGGUUAGUUUCUAGCCAGAUUUCUGACAGGGAAACAUAUCACUGCUAGUGUUUUUCUUCAAACAGUGGCAUAUUCUUUUAUUUUUUAGAGGAGCAUAUGAUUGGCUAAAUGUAUCUAUCAUUUGGAGACUCUUUUUCCAAGUCCAUGUACGUGACGGUUUAGGAAGUUUACAUCUUGUAGUCUGGCAUUUUUUUUAAGUAAUUGAGUCCCUCAUUUUCAAAUUAGUUUUCUUUUCUUGACUUCACCCUCUUUAAAGGGACUAAGUUAAGCAUAUAUCCAAAAGUAGCUAAAAAAGCUAUUUAACCUUUUAGCUCAUUUUCACACGCAUUUGCAUUGGUGAAAAACUUCCCUGAGCUUAAACCUACCUUUUUGGAGAGAUGAAUCUAUGAGCAUCUAGAGCUGAUAGGAAAAUAUCAUCUAUCAAAGAAUCCUCCGAAGGCCGCUCAUUCAUCAAUCCACUAAGUUGCUGUGAAUUGCUUGAAGUGCAUGAUUCCUAUCCUUUUGUAUAUCUUUAAGCCAUGGUAGUGAUCUUCAGUUGUUCACUAUUGGCCUUCUGCAAUUUUUUGUUUGUUUGUUGCCACAUCUUUACAGUCCUGGUCAGUGAGAAAGUUGAUAUGCUUUCUUCAAUAUCUGUUAUUUCGGAGGGUAACAAGACAUCUUCAUAUCACUUAGUCUGCAGUUGUAUUAUGUUUUUCUGACGAGUUGAAUAAAAAUGUGCAAAGGGAUAUAGUUUACUCAAAAUUAUUGUUCAUCAGAAGUAUAGGUAGUGAAGUAUGCUUAUGUAAGCCAUUUCAACUGCUCUACUAUGAACUGGUUGGUUUUGCUUCUCCCAGUGAUACUGUGAGCAUCAUGAAACAAAUCAUGUGUCUCUACCUUAUUUUCUUUCAACCUCACAGUAACAUUUUUCUCAGUUGCGUCUAAACUCAUUGCUGAAUAGCAAAUGUCAGGCACUGUUUAGUGUAUGAUGUACGGACAUUUAAUUUCCCUAUUUUCAUUACAAGAUAUAUGAUGGCUGAAAAGCAAAUUCCAUUUUUUUGGUGAUAUUCUUGCAUGUUUACCGGUUACCUUUUCAUGUUCAGCUUCCUGAAGAACGAAAGCAAGAUUUGCUCAAGACACUUGCUGGUUGCUCACCGUAUGCAAUGCCUCAGGAUUCACGCCAGAUUCUUCCAUCUAUUGUACAACUUCUGAAGGUGCUCCUUUUUCACAAAAUUGCGAGUUUCAGUUCUUAAUGAUCUGAUUUGGAAUAUGAUCUUAUUUUUAUUAUUCAGUUGUACUUUUUUAUCUCUGCUAUAUGUCAUAAUUUACAUGCCAUUUUUACAUCGAGCUUUAGUAUUUCACUUCCCUAAGCUCAUUACUUAUUUUCCCACCAUUUCUUUCUGGAAUACCUUAUUGAUGUUGCGCUCUCUCUCUCUCUCUCUCCCAUCAUGCAGAAGUUCAUGUCUCGGAAGAAAGCAGGAGAAGGAAUGAACUUUAGUUAUGUUGAGUGCCUUCUCUAUACAUUCCACCAUUUGGCUCAUAAGGUAAUCACGGCUCUUUUUGUGUGGCCUUCUACGAAUUUCUGCUUCUAGCAUUCCUUUUAUUCAGAAAUCAUGGUGCAGACUCCCAACUCCACCAACAGUCUCUGUGGUUACAAGAUUGUGACCGGUCAACCGUCAGACAGACUCGGGGAGGAUUUUUCAGAAAAUUACAAAGAUUUCACCGAGAGGUAAUCCAUGUUUCAGUGCUUUUAUUCCCUGUUGUGCUAAGAAUGUAAGCAUUUAGUGGUUCCUUCAUCUUUCACUGCGUUACUGUUAUAUUCAUCUCCUUGUUGGAAGAACACUUUCUCUGGAAUAGAUAAAAAUAUUAUUUUAAUGCAGCCAAGCGGAGUCUGUGAGAAAUAAGUCGAUUUAAAUUCAAGCUACACCUUUUAUUGCUGGCAUUUACACAGACAAAGGUUGGGGUUUUUUUCUAAAUAAAGUAGGGAGUAUACUUUCACCGUUAUUUUAUAAAUUUAAAUCUCUGCACUCUGAUAGUGUCAUAGGCUAGUAUUAGAUAAUAUUUUCCCAAGAACUACGUGGUGCAGUGGAUCUACCAUCAUUCCUGCUGCACUCUCGAUGGGAUCAAUGCUCCGUCAUCUACUUUAGAAAGUCUGACAAGAACCCAGACGUCGCUUUGUAAUCUUCGAUCUUCAGUAUGGAUCUAUCUUUGCCAGUAAACUUCCUCUAGAUUCCAGGCAAUUCUUUCAUGAUCUCACCCCAAGGAAAGACAUUUUUCAUGCACAUUUUCACCCUCGCCAGAUUUCGAAGCAAACAUGGCUGUUCAUUCUUCAUGCAGAUAUUUGGGUUUUAGGUUUUUGACGAUUUCAUGUUGGAUCCCUUCGCAACAAGUAAGUUGGAAGUACGAUCACAUAAAUCUCUGGUUCAUCCUUUCGUGUUAUCAUCUGUAGAAAAAAAUGAAGGUCAACUCAUCUGCUACACACCCAGAAGUGGAAGGAGAAUAUGGAAACGAGGAAGAAUUUCUAAAACCCGGUAUUGUCACAGGGUGGUCAGCCUAAGCGUUCCCACCCUUUGCAGAAACAUGUUUCUUGGUCGAAGGGUAAUGUAUCAUCAUAUACACUGAUCACAGGUUGCUGAGCUACCCACAUCAUGGUGAUUAUGAAAUAGGGUAACAACAUUUUAAUGGCAGUGUUCUUGAUCAACUGCACGGAAUGCAGUGAAGUUUUCAGAAGGUGCAUCUUGUUCAGAGAGCCUCCUUCCAUCAGAUCCUUGGAUAUGAACUUCUUCUCCCGUAUGAUCGGAUCGUCUUCAUCUGAUUUAAUCCGGCCAAUUUCCGUUGAAUUUUUGUCAAUUUUUGAUGUGUUUAAGUAAAUAUGAUUUUGUUCAUGCAGAAAAAUGACGAAUUUUUUGUCAACAGUUUCUCUGAUCCCCAACUUUCUGAUGAGACAGGUUGAAGUACACUGAAGAACUGGUGAAGGGCGCCAUAAAGAAGCUUACUCAGGGAAUGGCGGAGCACAACAAGGCGAUGAAUGCCGCGAAGACCGAAGAAGACAAGGCCAAGAUCGUGAGUCUCUCUUGAACUCCUCUCCUUGAACUGGUUCGCAUCUGUUGUAUUCAUCUCUCUUCCUGGAACACACGCAGAAGACCGAAAAGCAGAACACCACGACCGGGCUCCGGGUCUGCAACAACAUUCUAGCAAUGACCCAGGUGGAUAUGAUACUCUCUCUCUCUCUCUCUCUCUAGAUUUCAGUCAUCAUUUCUCUCUCGUGGCUCUGCAUGAUAGUUAAUUCAUCGCCUGUUUCUCUCUCUAGCCGCUGCAUUCGAAGGCCCCUUCGUUCAUCGGGGACGAGAAGAUCACUCUCUCGUGGAAGGAGACGCCGAAGCCACCGCCGAGCAAAGCCGCCGCCGCCGCAGGCACCCUCGUGGGGUGAGGGACCGCCGAGCCUUCACGUCCCUCUUCGACCUCCUCUCUCUCCCCUUUCCUCUUGGUAUUGAAACCUCUCCGUUGGGCUUGCAGAGAGAAGAGAACGGCCUCCGCGACGAUGGGCCCUCGCGCGAAUCAGGCCCCCAAGAAGGCUCGAUCGGAGGGGGCGGCCUUCAAGAACCAGCUCGUGAACAGAGCCCUCGAGGGCCUCUCCUCCCGCGGCGGCCGGAGCAGCGGCAGAGGUCGCGGCUGGGGCGGCCGCGGCAGAGGCCGGAGCUUCCGCUGA